UCCGGAUAUGCCAGUCCUGUAGUGUCGCCAAACAAAAGAAUCUAUGGUGAUAGAUUUAUACCAUCUAGAGCAAGUCCUUGCUGGAAUAUCAACUUCGAUAUACAACAGACUCCUAGUUCUACACUGAAAGCCAAAGAUGCAAACAAUGAAACAUGCAAAGACGGGUUGGCUUAUGCCUGUCUACUUAAAAAUGAAUUGCUUUCUGCUGGAAUUGAAGACUUGAAGGAUAUACAGCAUGAAGACAAGAAAGUUCUGGCUCUGAAAGAAACCAAAAACUUAUUUAAAUUCCACACACCAAGAAGAUGUUCAGAUGGCUGUGAUACAUCUCCCUACUCAUUGUCUCCUGUUGGCAGCAAGAGUCAGAAGCUGCUGAGGUCACCCAGAAAGGCUGUUAGAAAAAUAUCCAAGUUACCAUUUAAAGUGUUAGACGCACCGGAGCUUCAAGAUGACUUUUAUCUGAACUUAGUAGACUGGUCGUCGCAGAAUGUUUUGAGCGUUGGAUUAGGGACAUCUGUAUAUUUGUGGAGUGCUUGUACCAGCCAGGUGACGCGCUUGUGUGAUCUGUCAACAGACAAUGACACUGUGACAUCUGUGUCGUGGUCUGAAAGGGGCAAUCAGGUUGCGGUCGGCACAAAUAAAGGCUAUGUACAAAUCUGGGAUGUUUCAGUUAGCAAGAAGCUACACACGCUCACAGGGCAUGGAGCUAGAGUGGGGGCUUUAGCUUGGAAUGGGGACAUGCUGUCGUCUGGCAGCAGAGACCGGCUGAUAUUACAGAGGGAUGUGAGAACUCCAAACUCCACUCCAGAGCGCAAGCUUGUGGGACAUAAACAGGAGGUUUGUGGUUUAAAGUGGUCUCCCGACCACCAACACUUGGCUUCGGGAGGCAACGACAACCGUUUGUUUGUUUGGAAUGCAACGAGCACCUCUCCGGUUCAGACGCACAUGGAGCAUCUGGCGGCAGUGAAAGCCAUCGCCUGGUCCCCACACCAGCAUGGACUCCUGGCCAGCGGUGGCGGGACGGCUGACCGCUGCAUCAGAUUCUGGAACACGUUGACCAACCAGCCUUUGCAUUGUGUGGACACAGGCUCUCAGGUCUGCAACUUGGCCUGGUCGAAGCAUUCUAAUGAAUUGGUUAGCACACAUGGAUACUCACAGAACCAGAUUUUGGUAUGGAAGUAUCCGUCACUUGUACAGAUUGCCAAAUUGACUGGACAUUCUUUUAGGGUGCUUUACCUGGCGAUGUCACCAGAUGGGGAAGCAAUAGUAACCGGGGCAGGGGAUGAGACUUUGAGGUUCUGGAAUGUCUUUAGUAAAACAAGGUCAACCAAAGAGUCCAAGUCUGUGUUGAAUCUCUUCACCCGCAUCAGGUAG